AUGGAUACCGCCGUCCGGAGGGCGGGCGACUGUGAGAGUCGUUCCCGACGAACCGUACGCAUGGGGAAGGACGCGAGCCGCCGCGCAGGGGCGCUGGAGAAGGGAGCUCAUUUGUCGUCGGCGGAGAACUAUUCGCAACAACCAAGGUUGAGCGCGCAGACGUACGGCAGCACACGACGGCCUCCGAGCGUGGAGAGGUGCCUCCCGCCAAGGACUCCCUCGAGCCCUGCAUGCGCGCGCUUCUGCGCAGCGGGGAAGCGCACCAUCGCGGCGAGGAAGCCGAGGGAGGAGGAGGCUUUUCCGAUUGCCAAACUAAAUUUCAUGCAUCUUGAGCACACCCUCAACCUUUUUAACGCCCGAAGGACGGCUGGAACAUGCCGUCUGCACGCCGGUAUACGCCCGCCAAAAACGGCGCUGCAUAAUAGGCGCCGGAAACGCACCGUACGAUUUUUCCUGAGGUGCGCAGAGCAGGUAGCUCUUGAUGCGUUGCGUCCGUCCAACACGCCCGUCUUCUACCGAAACUCCAACGCGUCGGACGGCGCGCUCGCUGGCUCGGUCGUCCUCAACAAUGUCGUGCGGUGGAACAAUGUGCCCACGGCUGUCACUGUCCUCAACGGCGCCGAGGUGCUCGCCGGCGGAACGAUGACGAUCGACUCAUCUGGGGCCAGCCUGAGGGCAGCGUGUAGUGCUCCGGCCACAGGCGGUUCCGCGAAGUUCAUGUCAGGGAACAUCGCCGCGCAUACGAAGGCGAGCGGCCUCCUGUCCAACAGCCGGAUCUUCGGGCGGACGAUCCCGCAGUACGAGGACUAUGCGGUGAACCAGUUCUAUUCUGGCUGCUCCAUCAUCUACUUCAACACGGGAACGUACAUCGUCUCCAGCACGCCGCAGAUCGGGAGCAAAAGCUGGAGUAUGGGUAUUAGCGUUACAGUACUGUAG